CCGUCCCUCUUCCGUUUAAUGCUGUGGUGAGCGCGUGUGCCCCGGAACCUCGGCACACAUCUUAUUAAAAAAAAUCAAAAAUACAAAAAAAUUACAAAACAGAAAAUCAACAAAAAAUCUAUUUUCGUCUUUGUAACCGAGACUUUGGUGAAGCAGCGAAGAUUCCCAGCUUUAGCUAACGGUUAGCGUACUGAGUUAGCAUUUAGCAGCGGAUUAGCUUAGUGUGCUAACAGAUUAGCAUUAGCUUAGCUAUCUCAGAGCAGCUCGGUGGUUUUAAUGUGUUCAUUUUAGCCAAAUUAAAGUUAAUUACAGUUCGGUUUGUGACCCAAAUCGCUUUGUUUGCGUUAAAGUGAUAGACGUGAGUUUGGCGUGUAAAACGUGUGUAGUUGAGGAUGAACCCCAGCGCUCCCAGUUACCCCAUGGCGUCUCUGUAUGUGGGGGAUCUGCACCCGGACGUGACCGAAGCCAUGCUGUAUGAGAAGUUCAGCCCCGCAGGUCCCAUCCUGUCCAUCCGCGUGUGCAGGGACAUGAUGACACGCCGCUCGCUCGGUUACGCCUACGUCAACUUCCAGCAGCCCGCAGACGCUGAGCGAGCUCUGGACACCAUGAACUUUGACGUGAUUAAAGGACGUCCUGUACGCAUCAUGUGGUCUCAGAGAGACCCCUCACUGAGGAAGAGUGGUGUCGGAAACAUUUUCAUCAAGAACCUUGACAAGUCCAUCGAUAACAAGGCUCUGUAUGACACCUUCUCAGCAUUUGGGAACAUCUUGUCCUGCAAGGUGGUUUGUGAUGAAAACGGCUCUAAGGGUUAUGGCUUUGUGCACUUUGAGACCCACGAGGCUGCAGAGAGAGCAAUAGAGAAAAUGAACGGCAUGCUGCUCAACGAUCGCAAAGUGUUUGUUGGACGCUUUAAAUCCCGUAAAGAGCGCGAGGCGGAGAUGGGAGCUCGUGCCAAAGAGUUUACAAAUGUCUACAUUAAGAACUUUGGUGAGGACAUGGAUGAUGACAAACUCAAAGACAUCUUCAGCAAAUAUGGUCCUGCACUGAGUAUUCGGGUCAUGACAGACGAGAGUGGAAAAUCCAAAGGCUUUGGCUUUGUGAGCUUUGAGAGGCACGAGGAUGCCCAGAGAGCUGUGGAUGAGAUGAAUGGAAAGGAGUUGAAUGGGAAACAGGUGUAUGUGGGCCGGGCACAGAAAAAAGGUGAGCGGCAAACUGAACUGAAACGCAAGUUUGAGCAGAUGAAGCAGGACCGCAUGACUCGCUACCAGGGUGUCAACUUGUAUGUGAAGAAUCUGGACGAUGGUCUCGAUGAUGAACGUUUACGCAAAGAGUUUUCACCUUUUGGAACCAUCACCAGUGCCAAGGUGAUGAUGGAGGGUGGACGCUCAAAAGGCUUUGGCUUUGUGUGUUUCUCAUCUCCAGAGGAAGCUACAAAAGCAGUGACCGAGAUGAACGGGCGCAUCGUAGCCACCAAACCGCUGUAUGUAGCUCUGGCACAGCGCAAAGAGGAGCGUCAGGCUCACCUCACCAACCAGUACAUGCAGAGAAUGGCUAGUGUGCGCGCCGUCCCAAACCCUGUCCUUAACCCCUACCAACCCGCACCGCCAUCUGGGUACUUCAUGGCUGCCAUUCCUCAGGCUCAGAACAGAGCUGCCUAUUACCCAAGCAGUCAGUUGGCGCAGCUCCGCCCGAGUCCCCGCUGGGCCACACAGGGUGUUCGCCCACAGCACUUCCAGAACAUGCCGAAUGCCAUCCGUCCUGCAGCACCACGUCCACAGACCUUUGGGACCAUCCGCCCAACGGCCAAUCAGGUGCCGCGUAUGAUGGCGUCACAGCGCAUGACGUCUCAGCCACUAGGGCCACGCCCGGUCAGUGCAGGAGCCGCUACAGCUGCAGCACCAGUGCGAGCGGUGCAGCAGUACAAGUACACACCUGGAGUACGAAACACACAACAACACCUGGCCACACAAGUACCCCUGCCACAGGCUGCAGUGCAUGUGCAGGGUCAGGAGCCUCUCACAGCCUCCAUGUUGGCUGCUGCACCCCCACAGGAGCAGAAACAGAUGCUGGGUGAGCGUCUCUUCCCUUUGAUCCAGAACAUGCACCCGAAUUUAGCUGGUAAAAUCACCGGCAUGCUGCUGGAGAUCGACAACUCGGAGCUACUGCACAUGCUCGAGUCUCCUGAGUCUCUGCGCUCCAAGGUGGAUGAGGCAGUGGCUGUGCUGCAGGCUCACCAGGCGAAGGAGAACGCUCAGAAAUCAGUGAGCAGUGCAGCUGUUCCUGCUGUUUAAUCACAAAGGAGGAGCUUUAAUGAGAACAGAAUAAUUCAGCUGCUUCACCAAGACGGACAAGAAAAAAACAAAUACAAUUAAAUACAUUUAAACAUAGAAGAAAUCAGAAAAAUAGAUUUCAGAUGCAAAAAAAUCUUCUGCCAGGUCUGAACACGGGCCUCGAAUAUACAGAAAAUAUACACAAAAAAACAGAAAAAUGUAAAAAUUGAACUCAUUGAUCAUUCCUUUCGUUUUAAUUUCUUUUUCUUGCCGAGUGUGUGUGUGUGUGUGUGUGUGUGUGUGUGUGUGUGUGCGCGCGUCUCCUCACACUCAAUAGCUAAGCUUUUGGAACAUGUGAAUUGGAUUAAUAAAGAUUGAAAUGUU